UAAAUAAACGUGUUUUUGGUGAAAUACUACUAUUACUAGGGUUCCGCAUAACGUCUCCUUCAGUUAGCCUCAAAGAUAUAGCACUGAACAUUGAGCACUGAGUCUCCGGCGCCGCCACAGCAACCACCACUACAACCACCACUACAACCACCACUACAGCCAAUCAAACUGAUACCAAAUGGGGAAGAAGAAAUUCAUUGACAAAAAAACCUCUACAACUUUCCAACUCAUGGCUCGUGACUCAACUGAUCCAGCAUUCGCUCAAUCAGAUCGUGUUUUCGUUCGUGUAGACAACAAUCCUCGUCCCGCCGACUCCGUCUUUGCUGAUUCACCCGAUGACCCUGACGCAGAGUUUGACACCGACGACGGAUUUGCUGAAGGUAGUGGUCCUUUGCCGGACGAUGUGAGGAAGGAGAUUCUGGAGUUAGGGUUUCCGGAUGAUGGUUAUAACUACUUGUUUCAUUUGAGGGAAAUUAAGAAUACUGGCGGUGGUUCAAAUUUCUUUAGUAACCCUAAGUUCAAACUCGAGCAUGUUAGUGAUGUUAAGGCUUAUGAUGCUUCGAGAGUUCGAAUUAAAGAGGCGGCAGAGAAAGAACCCGAAGAAAACACUUUGUACAGUGUUGCAUCCCAUACUGCUAACGUAAGGGUUCAAAAAGCUGUUGAUCCUGAAGUUGCUGCACUGCUCGAUGACAGUGAUGUAUCGCGGUUUGGCUCUGAUGUCGAAGAUUUGGAGGAAGACUUUGUUGUCCAGGCUAACCUCUGUGAAGAUGAAGAAGGUGAUGAAGAGAAGGCACACACGUCUAAUGGAAAGAACUUCUCCGAGGAUUCUAUGAUGAGUAGGAGCUUAAACAAUAAACAUGUAUUGCAAGUUUCUGCUUAUUCCACUCUUGCGGGUGAUUGUGGGCCUUUGGAUGGGAGUUCAAAUGGUGCAACAGAUGUGCACUGUGUUGUUGAGAAGCCAAGAGGUCGUCGUCUGUUAGAUGAACAAUUCGAUUUGCUUGAACGUCAAGAAUAUGGAACUGAUGAUAACAGUGACUACGAUGAUUAUUAUGGUAAUUAUGAAGAAAAUUAUCGAGCUGAAGACGAGUCACUUGCUGAGAAGCUCAAACUCUCGCUUGGCAACCAUGUGGUGGAUAACCAAGAACUUGAUGGUGGUGGCAAGUACAGGGUUCCUGCAGAAGGUGAGGAGGAAGAGGAUUCUGCUGCCGAUGUGAUUCGCCGUACCAAAGAAUAUGGUGAGCAGUAUGAAGUUGAAGAUGAUGGCAAAGAUGCUGUUAUUCUUGAAGAAAGUAGCGAUGAGUCAGAAGUUUGGGAUUGUGAGACUAUUGUUUCAACGUACACCAAUUUAGAUAACCACCCUGGAAAGAUUGAAACACCGGGGGCAACUAGGAAAAAGAAAUUGGCUGAAACUGUGACUGCUGCCUUUAGUUCCUCUACUCCAAUAAUUUCCCUAAGAGGAAAAGCAAAGCUUCCUUUAGACUUCUUACCCGGUGGUAGAAAACCUGCUGAUGAAAAGGUUAAAGACUCGAUGAUUGAAAAAACUGAACAGUACAAGAGAAAACAACAUGGCCUAGAGUCGAAGGAGGAAAAGAAAGAGAGAAAGGCUGCUGUGAAGGAGGAACGGCGUGAGGCACGUCGCACUAAAAAAGAAAUGAAAGAGCUUUAUAAGUGUGAAGCUAACCGGGCACAAAGAGCUGCAGCUGUAUCUGGUCCCUCUUCCAUCCAUCUAUUGUAAGUUACGUACCAGCUCAACUCGUCACCUGUGUGGCUGCCAUAGACACUACAGUGAAGCUUGUGCCUCUUCUAUGAUGUUUUCACGUGUUAAAUCAAAGUUUUGCCACAUAAUACACGUGGUUUUUGUGGGCUUUUUUCCAACAGAGAGUGUACACAAGAAGUGUUUUGAUGUCGUUAUUUAUUAGUUAUAGUAUAUGUGAGCACAAACAAAUGUCGUUAUUAUGUUUCUCAGAAAAUUUUCAGUGACUUUUUCUUUGUAAAACAAAAGUACACAAGGCCAUAUUUUUUAUACACAAGGUUGCACAAUAAAUAGUUGUAGUUCUAUUUUAUGCA